AAAAUAAAUAAAUUUAAUACAAUCCUCUCUCUUGACUCUCAAGUCUGUCGUCACUGUGCCGGCUUCCGCCGCUCGCGCGCGCGCGCACGUGCUACAUACAUGAUCAUUGUUGCUAGCAGGAGAAAGAGUGGUUAUGGAAUUAAUUACUCCACCAGCUCUCAGAAUCCGAUCCUCCCUCUAUCCACGAAGUGCUCCUCCCCGUCUCCCUCCUUUAAAUCUCCUGAAGCCUUCUCUCUCCGUCGACUCUCGCCUCUUCCGAUCCCCUCGCAGCCUUCGUCUCUUCAGUUUUUUUGCGUGCAGGAGGUGGAGUUUGGGUCGUGGAGGCGGCGGUUUCGGGAUGGACGGAGGGAGGGCCACCGCGGAUGCCACAUCCGGGCGGAUGGUAUUCGAGCCCAUACUUGAAGAGGGGGUUUUCCGGUUCGAUUGCUCGGGGAAUGACAGAGAUGUGGCGUUUCCGAGCAUUUCUUUUGCUGACCCCAAGGCAAGGGAGACGCCGAUCAUGGUACAUAAGGUGCCGGAGUAUAUCCCUAUGUUUGAACGUGUUUAUGGACAGCAGAUGGUCAAGAUUCAGCUUCCUCCUGGAUCAUCUUUUUAUGGAACUGGAGAAGUAAGUGGGCAGCUUGAGCGGACAGGCAAGCGGAUUUUUACAUGGAACACGGAUGCAUGGGGUUUUGGUCCAGGAACCACGUCCCUGUAUCAGUCACAUCCUUGGGUUCUAGCUCUUCUACCAGAUGGAAAGGCAUUGGGUGUUCUUGCUGACACAACUCGGCGUUGUGAGGUUGACUUACGGGAAGAUUCCACGAUAAAGUUUAUGGCAGCGGAUGUUUACCCUGUUAUCACAUUUGGUCCAUUUGAGACACCUACUGAUGUCCUGAUGUCACUGUCUCAUGCAAUUGGAACUGUUUUUAUGCCUCCAAAAUGGUCACUUGGCUAUCAUCAAUGUCGUUGGAGCUAUGACUCUGCUGCAAAAGUUCUCGAGAUUGCUAGAACAUUUCGAGAGAAAUGCAUACCUUGUGAUGUCAUAUGGAUGGACAUUGACUAUAUGGAUGGCUUUCGAUGUUUUACAUUUGACAAAGAACAUUUCCCUGAUCCAAAAUCCAUGGUAAACGACCUUCAUGCCAUUGGCUUCAGGGCAAUCUGGAUGCUUGAUCCUGGGAUUAAACAUGAAAAGGGUUACUUUGUCUAUGAUAGUGGUUCUCAAAGUGAUAUCUGGAUACAAAGAGCAGAUGGGAAGCCUUUUGUUGGGAAGGUGUGGCCCGGCCCUUGUGUUUUUCCUGAUUUCACGCAAGAAAAAGCACGUUUCUGGUGGGCUAAUUUAGUGAGAAACUUCAUGGCUAAUGGAGUCGAUGGAAUAUGGAAUGAUAUGAAUGAGCCUGCUGUUUUCAAGACUGUAACAAAAACAAUGCCAGAGAGCAACAUUCACAGAGGAGACAUUGAACUUGGUGGUCACCAAAAUCACACUCAUUAUCAUAAUGUUUAUGGCAUGCUGAUGGCAAGAUCAACUUAUGAGGGAAUGAAAAUGGCUAGUGGGACUAAACGACCAUUUGUUCUCACCAGAGCUGGUUUCAUAGGAAGUCAACGUUAUGCUGCAACCUGGACUGGAGAUAACCUAUCAAACUGGGAGCACCUACAUAUGAGUAUACCUAUGGUGCUUCAAUUGGGGCUCAGUGGGCAGCCGUUGUCAGGACCAGAUAUUGGUGGAUUCGCCGGAAAUGCAACUCCAAAACUUUUUGGAAGAUGGAUGGCAGUAGGUGCUUUGUUUCCCUUUUGUCGUGGGCAUUCUGAGUCUGGGACCAUUGACCACGAACCAUGGUCUUUUGGAGAAGAGUGCGAAGAAGUAUGCCGCCUUGCAUUGAUGAGGCGCUAUCGGCUUAUACCACACAUAUAUACUCUUUUCUAUAUGGCUCAUACAAAGGGAACAACCGUUGCAGCUCCCACUUUUUUUGCUGAUCCACAAGAUUCUCGUUUGAGGGCAGUCGAAAAUUCCUUUCUGUUGGGACCACUUUUAAUUUGUGCCAGCACUGUACCUGAGCAAUGUUCGCAUGAACUGUCACAUGUGCUGCCAAAGGGAAUCUGGUUGCGUUUCGAUUUUGGUGAUUCACAUCCAGAUUUGCCAACUUUCUAUUUGCAAGGUGGUUCAAUUAUCCCUGUGGGUCCUCCUCUUCAACAUGUCGGCGAGGCAAAACCAACUGAUGAGAUAUCACUCAUUAUUGCUUUAGACAAAGAUGGGAAAGCUGAAGGUGUUCUCUUCGAAGAUGAUGGUGAUGGAUAUGAGUACACUCAAGGGAAUUAUCUCUUAACAUAUUAUGUUGCCGAACUGCGUUCUUCAAUGCUGAAAGUUAAAGUAUCCAAAACUGAAGGAUCAUGGAAGAGGCCUAAACGUGCUCUCCAUGCACAAAUACUGCUGGGAGGAGGUGCCAUGAUUGAUGCACGGGGUGUUGAUGGAGAGGAACUACAUAUUACGAUGCCCCCAGAAUUGGAAGUGUCUAACUUGGUAGCAGCCAGUGAAAAUCAGUACCAAACACUGUUGGAAAGGGCUAGGUGUAUCCCAGAUGUACGUAGGUUUUCAGGACAAAAGGGAAUUGAGCUCUCGAAUACCCCCAUUGAGCUAAAGAGUGGUGACUGGGUUCUUAAAGUGGUUCCUUGGAUUGGGGGUCGAAUUAUCUCUAUGGCACAUCUUCCUUCUGGAAUACGGUUCUGUUUGAUUAGCUUUCAGUCUCUCUGAAUGAGAUACUUGAAUUGCUUUUGAGUACGGUGUAAAAGGAAACAUAAGCAGUAGUGGUACGUAUGACUUGUUUGUAUAAAUGUGUUUUGUAUGCAUCCACCCAGUAAAUUGAUAGAAAAUUGCUCCAAGUGAAGUAACAUUAGACCAUUAAAUUCAACAAAAUAUUCACUAUUAGUUAAGAUAAUAUGCUUUUGUACAUAAAGUUUGAUAUUAAUAGAGAUUUGGUCUACUUGCAAAACUUUCAUAAUUAUAUGAUUAAAGUUUUAACAAAUAUAUUGUCUUUAAUGGCACUAUACUUUACCAUUCUUAAUGUUAAUUUUCGAAAGUUAGAAGGGUUGUUUUAUGCUGUGUGGUAUAACAUCAGACACCCGAAAACUAUUGAAGUACGCAAGGUUUUGAUAACGGCUAAGGUUGUGGGUCAGGUAUGGGUUGAGUUUACUUUUUUUCCUUUUUUGGUAAAAGGGUCAGGGGUUUUUCAUUCUGAAUCAGCUCAACCAGUUGCCACAUUGCCAUACUAUGACACAGAGGGAGAUAUUGAUACAUAUCUAUGCAAACUUAAUUGGAUUUUACUUUCUAUAGAAUGUUCUUUCUUUUAUAGUUUAAUUUAAAUUUAAGGUUCAAGUUUUGUUUAGCAAUUUUAAGGGAACUAGCAAUGCAAGUCCAAGCACGAUUCAGAUGCAUGAUGUUUUUGUAAGUACUGGACAUGAUUAAACGUUAAGAAAUACUUCAUUCAUUAUUUUACAGCAAACCCAGCAUAGAUCAAAUGACUAUAUUCCUUUAUUUAUAUCUGUACGUCUUUAGUGUAUCCUUGUUGGUUUCACUCUCUUGCACUUGAGCUUGUCAAUACUUGGGGCGCUAUGAUAUGGAAUAAUACGGUAUAUCUGCAACUGACAUAGAACAUGGUAUGUUAUAUUUUAAAUUUUCUAUUAUGCUGAUGCUGUUAUACUUGGGCUAAUUUAUGGAUUAAAUAGAAAGUAAAAAUUUAUAGACAUCAAAGUCAAUGUACCAUU